CCUUCCUCCUUCACUCCUCUCUCUCUGAAAUAAUGUCUCCUUUUCUCCUUGCUCGGCCCCUACUUUAUAUAUUCUUACACGUCUAUAUAUCUCUCCUCCAUCAGUAACUCAUCCAUCUCUUCAUAGCUGGCUAGCUAACCCAAAACCCCAAUCUCCAAAAUCAAAGCCAUUUCCUUCUCCGAGAUAUUCCAUCCAACAAUUUGUAUAACACCGGCGAUCCUACAUACCUAGUUUUUCUUUUAACAUGUCAGCAGCGGCGGCCGCGGCAGCUGCAGCUGUGGUGGUGAGCCGUUCGAGCUCCAGCAACAGCAGCUCGAGCGCGGAGACCUACCACCACCUCCACCAUCACCAAUCGUUCAUGGCACCGUCGCUGCCUGUGGCGCCUCAGCUCAGCCGUUACGAGUCGCAGAAGAGGAGGGACUGGAUCACUUUUGGUCAGUAUCUGAAGAACCAUCGCCCGCCGCUGACUCUGUCACGGUGCAGCGGAGCCCACGUGCUGGAGUUUCUGAGGUACUUGGACCAGUUCGGGAAGACCAAGGUCCACGGGAGUGCCUGCCCUUUCUACGGCCACCCCCACCCGCCAGCGCCGUGUCCCUGCCCGCUGCGGCAGGCCUGGGGCAGCCUGGACGCGCUCAUUGGGCGGCUGAGGGCAGCGUUCGAGGAGAACGGCGGGCUGCCAGAGACAAACCCUUUCGGCGCACGCGCCGUGAGGCUGUACCUGAGGGAAGUGAGGGACACGCAGGCCAAAGCUAGAGGGAUUGCUUAUGAGAAGAAGAAGCGAAAGAAGCCAACGCCACCACAAAGGACGACACAACUGCUGCAGCAGCAUGAGGAGCAAGGGCAACAUGGCAAUUUUGUUUCUGGUUACGGUGGUGCUGGGGUUGGAGUUGGGGGUGGCUCAGCUCAGCCAAAUGGGGUUAUGCUCGGUGGAGCUUCGUCUACUGCUGCGAGAGGAUCCAUGAUGCCGCUAUCAGUGUUGAACUGCUAAGCUGCUUAGUAAUAUGUAUGAAUGCGAGGCCUUGAUAAGUUGAUAUAUUUUGUGGUUAGUCUUUAAAUUCUUCGCAGAGAAUUAAUAUUAGAUGUUUAAUUAGCUCGUGUC